GUGAUAGUGGACAGGGCAGAAGAUGCUUGAUCAGCUGCUAAAUGAGGACAACGUGGAAAACGUGACAAUCCGGCAUCUGUAGGAUUUCAGUAAGUCCAGGAGAUGGCAGUAAUGCAGCGCUGCGGCUGCCAGCUGCAGCUAAACCUCAAAGAAGAAGACGGAGAAGACGGGGCGGUAACGUGCUGAAACUACACACCUACUAGCAAACAGCGAAAACAACGAACUUGGGAUGCAUUUAUUAACGUCUACCGGGAUUUCCAUCACACCCACACCGUCUGAAUGACUGUCAGUGCAGCAAAUGAAACGGAAAAUAACAGCUUCUGAGCCCGUCUGAGCCGUCCAGUGACCCCCCCCCCCCUUCACUGAGCGCAGGUAGCAUUGACGCUAAUUACUAAGCUAACGUCCAGUCGCGUAGUAGUAGCUAGUUAGCUUAAAAAGAGAUUUCAAAAGCCGAGGGGCCAGGAUGACAGAGGGUUAUUUGUGAAGAGCGACCCCCAUUCACGUGCCAUGUCUCUGGUUUUCCCACGACCCAACACCAACGCAGUCCACAGCAAGAAGGAUAAGAGACUGAUGGCUGAGGUGAACGCGUCGCCACUCAAGCAUUUUGUUACGGCAAAGAAGAAGAUCAAUGGGAUCUUUGAACAGCUGGGGGCCUACAUCAAGGAGAGCGCUUCCUUCCUGGAAGAUACUCAUAAAAAUGAAGAGCUGGACCCAGUCACCACAGAGGAGCAAGUCCAGGAGGUUCGGGGUUACCUCGCCAAGGUGGCAGGGAUCGGAGAAGUGCUGGCACGCAGACAUAUGAAGGUGGUCUUCUUUGGGAGGACCAGUAACGGGAAGAGCUCAGUGAUCAACGCCAUGCUGUGUGACAAGGUGCUGCCGUCAGGAAUCGGACACACCACCAACUGCUUCCUGAGGGUGGAGGGCACAGAUGGCAACGAGGCCUUCCUCCUCACUGAAGGCUCUGAGGAGAGGAAGAGCAUAAAGACGGUGAACCAGUUGGCUCAUGCUCUCCACCAGGAUGAGGACCUGGACGCCGGCAGCCUGGUCUGUGUCAUGUGGCCUAAAGCCAAGUGUGCUCUGCUCAGGGAUGAUCUGGUCCUGGUGGACAGCCCGGGUAUCGAUGUGACCACAGAACUGGACAGCUGGAUCGACAAGUUCUGCCUUGAUGCUGACGUGUUUGUUCUGGUGGCAAACUCCGAGUCCACGCUGAUGCAGACGGAGAAGUCGUUCUUUCACAAGGUCAAUGAACGCCUCUCCAGUCCCAACAUUUUCAUCCUCAACAACCGCUGGGAUGCCUCCGCCUCCGAACCGGAAUACAUGGAGGAGGUCCGCAGACAGCACAUGGACCGCUGCACCAAUUUCCUGGUGGAUGAACUGGGUGUGGUGGACCGAGCCCAGGCCAGUGACCGCAUCUUCUUCGUUUCUGCCAAGGAAGUACUCCAGGCUCGUGUGCAGAAGGCUCAGGGAAUGCCUGAAGCAGGCGGCGCUCUCGCAGAAGGAUUUCAAGCCAGAAUGUUUGAGUUCCAGAACUUUGAGAGACGAUUCGAGGAGUGUAUCUCACAGUCAGCGGUGAAGACCAAGUUUGAGCAGCACACAGUGAGGGCCAAGCAGAUCUCUGAAGCCCUGCGCCUCAUUAUGGAUUCAGUCCACAUUGCUGCACAAGAGCAGAGGGUCUACUGCCUCGACACCAAGGAGGACCGUCAGGACCGAUUGGAGUUCAUAGACAAGCAGUUGGACCUGUUGACCAUGGACUGUAAGGCCAAGAUCAAGAAGAUCACAGAUGAGGUGGAGAGACAGGUGUCUAAUGCCAUGGCAGAGGAGAUCAGGAAGCUCCAUGUCCUGGUGGAUGACUUCCAUAUGGACUUCCAUCCAUCACCAGUGGUGCUUAAGGUCUACAAAAAUGAGCUACACCGGCACAUAGAAGAGGGUCUGGGCAAGAACAUGUCAGAGAGGUGCUCCACCACCAUCACCAGCGCCCUGCAGACCACACAGACGGACAUGAUCGAUGGUCUGAAGCCUCUGCUGCCCACCCCGGUCAGAGAGCAGGUCGACAAGCUGGUUCCUCGUCAGUGUUUCAGCCUCAGUUAUGACCUGGCUUGUGACAAGCUUUGCAGUGACUUCCAGGAGGACAUCAGCUUUCACUUCUCUCUCGGCUGGACCAUGCUGGUCAACCGCUUCCUGGGCCCCAAGAACACCCGGCGGGCCCUCAUGGGCUACAACGAUCAGGUUCCUCGGCCCAUGGCCCUGACUCCAGUGAGCACCAGCAUGCCUCCAUUCCCACAAAGCUCCAUGACUCAGGAGGAGCUGAUGGUGUCCAUGGUGACUGGACUCGCCUCCCUCACCUCCCGGACAUCCAUGGGUGUCCUUGUGGUUGGUGGCGUGAUCUGGAAGGCAGUGGGCUGGCGUCUGAUCGCCCUGUCAGUGGGUCUCUACGGGCUCCUCUACAUCUACGAGCGCCUCACCUGGACCACCAAGGCGAAGGAGAGGGCCUUCAAGAGACAGUUUGUGGACUACGCCAGCGAGAAGCUGCAGCUCAUCGUCAGCUACACCGGAUCCAACUGCAGCCACCAAGUCCAGCAGGAGUUGGCGGGUGUGUUCGCUCAGCUCUGCCAGCAGGUAGACGUCACCCGUCACAACCUGGAGGACGAGAUCACCGACAUGAACAGCAAGAUCGAGCUGCUGGACGGCCUGCAGAGCAAGGCUAAGCUACUGCGGAACAAGGCGGGCUGGCUGGACAGCGAGCUCAACAUGUUCACCCAGCAGUACCUUCAUCACAGCAAGUAAACCUGCCACAGCGUCACCCGAGAGACUCUACAACACUUGUUACAUCUGCUUUCAAGUUGACUCACUUUGGUAUUUUCAAGUUAAUGAGAGUAAACAGUCAACAGUGAGAAGGGAAGGUGAGGACGUGUGACGUGAGAGGAAGCUGAGUGGUUGUGAUGUGUGGACGGUCCUGCGGUCAGCUGCUACAUUAAAAUAAGUUUCAAACAGCUUCAGCUAUUAAAUAUAAGUCACCACAUGAAUAGAGGUUUAACCACAGACUCCAGAAUGAAACAUCCGGAUGCUCAUUCUUAUCUUUUCAUUGAUGCUAAUGAGGCCUGAUGGAUCUGACCCCAGAACAGCAGCUCAGUCUGAGCUCUUCCCGCGUUCCCAUCAGCACCACUGACUGACUCACACCAGAUUCUGCCUCAGUGAACGUGUAUAGAUUAGAUUUUGUACAUAUAUUUUGAACACUGGACAGGUGCUGAAGUUAAAGGCAGUCCACAUGAGGGAAUGGAAGAAACAAACUAAACACAUAUAAAAUAAUUUAUUCCUCCAGUUUAUUAGGAAAAUGUUUUUUCAGAGUGAAACGAUGCUACGCAGCUAUCAGAGGAGAUUGUAGUUGAGUUGAUGGUUUGGUUUUAGGUGACAUGAAGGAAAAAGAGAAUAGUCACUCUUACAGUUUUGUUCUCUGAUCUGAACUGUAGACGUUACAGCUGAUCAGAGUCUCAGAGCGACGCUGCUGAUGGGUCAGUAUGAUGGUAUCAGAACCAUAAACCACUGGUUCAGCUCGCAUGUAGAAUAGUUCUCAGAGUAAACAUUGUCAUUUCUAGGGGAGAAUCUAGGGUUCCUGUAUGUUAUGACUUAAAGAACACGUCUGGUGUUACUCUAAAUCUUUCUUACUAUGUGCAGAUCCAAACCGACGAUGUGAGUCUGUCUCUCAAUACUCUCUGACUUCGCUACCCUCUCUGUGGCUCUCAGCUCUCUAAACCCUGUUUCCUCCUGCAGAUGUAAAUCUUAAAAUAUUGCUCACAAAUAUAUUGUUUGAUUUUUAGCGAUUUCCCAAAACAGCUGGUCACAAACAGGAGGAAAAGGUGCAUUUGUAGGGAACUAUUUUCAGCAGCGGAUGAAUGCUCUAGUGAGUGUGUCUGGCAGCAUGGCGGCGUGUGUGUGUGUGUGUGUGUGAUUGAGUUGAAAUAUAAACUACAGUGUGUUUUCAGUGCAACACUGAUGUGUUUCUACAGAGGACGUCAGGUUUCAGCAACAUCAGGCUUGUUAAAGGUCUUUUUGUUCAGUUGCAACAUUGAGCAUUUAAAUCGAAGACAAAGAUCUGACAAACACAUUAGAUUCUGACUUGAUUUGACUGUAAAUAGUCAAAAUUAUUCCUAAAUAUUAAAGUCAGAAUUUUAACGUCCUCUGAGAAUUUAGAGGAUUCAUUGAUAGUGCUCAUAACUCUAAAUCCCUCAGUCUCCUCACACUAGAGACUCAACCAGCUGCACAUUCAUCCAUCAUUAAGUAACAGAGUCUUUUGUUCCGUAGUUUGUCCAGCAGAGGGCGCUGGUGUUUAUUUCUACACUGUAAAUGUCCAUCGCAGCACAUAUCCUGCUCACUCUUCUUAAAAAAAACCAUUUAAGGCAUCUUAUCAUAAAAAAUGUUUGUGUUAAUGUAAAGAAUGACUGGGCUGAUAUAUCGUUAUCAUUUCUUUUUGAACUGAAAUAUCACAUUUGAUGAUCUCAACUGUAAAACAUGUUGAUUUCUAAAACAUGGAGUGUGGAGCUCAGAGGGAAUCUUAACUGGUGUCAGACCUGCAGCCCAGUGUUUUUAAUGUGAAGCACCGUGGAUGCCUGUCUCAGUGUCUUGUGUGUCAUCACUACUCUUUUUCUUUUGUUUUGCACUGAAUGCGUCGAGGGGCGGGCUCUGUGUCUGCCUGCUCUCUAUGCCUCUGUCUAUAUUAGUAUUCAUAUUCUAAUAUUAUAGUUUUACUUCUAAAGGAAGUGGCAGGAAUCUGAACUACAUGUGAUGAGACCCCCCUCUCUCUCUCUCUCUCUCUCUCUCUCUCUCUCUGAGAUGAAAUGGUAUAUUUGGCCUCUCAAAUGUGUACAUAGUGUAAUUUAAGAAUUUGCCUUUCAAUUGGAAACGAGGGGAACAAAGUGCUGAAAGAGAAGAAAGCACAUCAGAGUUGGAUGUGUCUGGAUUCGUCCAGUACGUUAAAGUCACGCUGUAACAUAAAGCCAUACACUGUGUUGCCAAGUGAGCAGAAGGCUGCCCUACAACACUUCCUUUAGAGGGAAGACAUGCACUUUAUCCAUUUGCUGCUUAUCGAUUAUAUUUUUUUUUUUUCCACAAAUGUAAAAGCAGAGAGUGGUUGUAUUUGGCUUCAGGAAGGUGAAGGUACCUGCAUGCAGUGACUGUUGUAGUUUGUUGUCCUGUUUAAAUGUUCUAUCAUAUGUAUGUAUGUACAAAUAAUAAUAAUAAUAAAGGUGACAAAAUGCUGAAAAAAGUUAA